UCUCCGUUGAUUUUAGCCAUUUUAUUUAUCAGCUUCUUCCACAAUGUGUUAAGCAGACAUCGCAUCCGCCACUACAAGGACAGGUUCAAGCGACAGCAGGGCGCCCACCUCUACUUGCCCGGCAGCUUCGUCACCGACCCACAAGACGCCGACGCCGACGCCGGCCCGUGGGGCGAGUGGUCGGCGCCGUCGCCGUGCUCGCGCUCUUGCGGCGGCGGCGUCGCGACGCAGCAGCGCGCCUGCCAGGAGGGGUUCGAUUGCCGGGGGGCCAGCAAGAGACAUUUCUCGUGCAACACGCAGGAUUGUCCAGACAUAGCAGACUAUAGGGCACAGCAGUGUGCAAGCUAUGACAAUAUUCCUUUCGAAGGAGUAUCCUAUCAGUGGGUGCCUUAUACGAAAGCCCCUAACGAAUGUGAACUCAAUUGCAUGCCGAAAGGCGAGAGAUUUUAUUUUAGACAUGCCACUGCAGUUGUCGAUGGCACAAGAUGCAACGACGAAAAAUUCGAUGUUUGCGUCAGUGGAAAAUGCCAGACAGUGGGAUGCGACAGGAUGUUGGGGUCGAACGCAAGGGAAGACCAGUGCCGUGUAUGUGGGGGGGACGGAACCAGCUGUAACACUUUUUCCAAUACGAUUCAAAUGAAAGACAUGCAAGUUGGUUAUAACGAUAUUUUGCUGAUUCCUGCUGGAGCUACGAAUAUUCGAGUUGAAGAGUUGGCUCCUUCGAAUAAUUAUCUCGCUGUCCGUAAUAAAACCGGCUACUACUAUCUGAACGGUAACUGGAGGAUCGAUUUCCCUAGGUCACUAGAUUUUGCAGGCUGCAGGUUCAAAUACGAAAGAAACCCCCAAGAGUUCGCUGCCCCAGAUGUGGUCACUUGCUUGGGACCAACAGAAGAAUCCUUGUUCAUGGUGCUCUUGUAUCAAGACUCGGAAGUGCCAAUCAGUUACUCGUACAGUUUACCGACGAAUAUACCACCACCAAGUGAAGAUACGUAUGCAUGGACUUAUGACGAGUUCACACCUUGUUCAGCUACAUGUGGUGGAGGUUAUCAAUUCCGCAACGUCACCUGCGCCGGCCGCGCCUCCUUAGAUCCCGUCGAUCGCUCUCUCUGCGACUCCAACACCGAACCCGAAGCCAAGCGCCGCUGCAACGAGAUCGCGUGCGCCGCGCAGUGGGUGCCGCACCCCUGGAAAGAAUGCUCGGCGCCGUGCGGCGACGGCGGUUUGCAGUCGCGCGACGUCACGUGCCAGCAGAUCGUGUCCAACGGGCUGCCGACGCUGGCGGAGGACAGCGAGUGCGUUGCUAGCGGCGCUGUCAAGCCGCCGACGCAACAGCGGUGCAACGUGGGCAGAGUGUGCGCCACGUGGUUCUCGGGGCCUUGGAAGCCGUGCGAUCACCUAUGUGGAGAUGGUGAGCAAACGAGAAAGGUUCAAUGCUUCAUAAAGAAAGAUAACAAAAUCGAAGUGCUGGAAGAUUCAGAAUGUGAAGCAAUCGAACCAAAACCAGAAAUCAGCAAGAAAUGUAGAAUCAGACCUUGCGAAGGUGUUGAUUGGAUAACAUCUGAAUGGAGUGGGUGUGAUAGGAUUUGCGGACUGAAAAACGAAACAAGAAAAGUCCACUGUGCCACUGAGAAAGGAGAAUUCCAAGAUGACGAACUGUGUGAAGCAAACCAGAGACCAGAGACAAUCCGAAAAUGCGAAUCAACCAAUGCUACCUGCCAAUAUUUGUGGUACGCAUCUCAAUGGAGCGAGUGUUCAGUAACCUGUGGCGCCGGUGUUCAGACUAGAACUAUAUUUUGUGGCGUGUCCACCGUUGAUGGUGUCCUCAAAGUCGAGGACGCCCAAUGUGACCCUUCAAAGCACUUUGAAACCAUCAAAAACUGCACUGGAGAAGAAGAAAGUUGUGAAGGCGAAUGGUUCAGCGGUCCUUGGGGAGAGUGUUCGAAAUCCUGUGGGGGAGGGGAACGUACCAAAAAAGUCGUAUGCAUCAAAGAUUUCCAAGUAGUAAGCCCAGACCUAUGUGGUUCUGAAACAAUCGUGUUUUCACAAGAGGAAUGUAACAACCAUCCUUGUUCCGAAGAUACUAUAAUACCAACUGACGUUACUCAUCCGGUGGACGAAUCAGAACCGACAGCAGAUGGAAGUUCCACCGAUGUUUCUGUCAUUACGGAAUCAACAGAUUCAACAGAUUCGACAAGUGUUGUGGAGCUAACAAGCCCGCCAUCAACGGAUGAAGACGAAGAAUACGAAAUAGUACCCGACACAAAUUGUGAUGAUGGAGAAUGGGUCGAAACCGACGAAACUGGACAACCACAAAAAGAUCAGGCCCAGGAACACAUUAGCAAGAAAAGAGAGACACUCUUCUCUUCGGAUGACAUGAUGAUGGGGGACGGUGUUAUCGUUUUUAUCGAAGAAGAUGAAUUCGGUUCAGGAGAGACGACUACUGAUUUCGAAGGAUCAGGAACUGAAUCCACUUACUCAUCGAGCUGGAGCUCUGAGUCUAGUGUAGCUUCCGAGUCUACAACAGAGUUUACCACCGAAACUGGUGAAACAACUGUUACUGGUGACACAUCAGAAACUGGGCUAACCACAGAGAGUGGGGCAUCUGGCAUGACGACAAUAUCUGGCCCUAGUUCAGCCUCUAAAGUGACUACAUCAGUGAGCUCCGGAUCGGAGGCCAACACUGAGCCAACAGUAUCAGACUCAAAUAUUUCAGGAUCUACUGAAUCUGUUUCGGAUCAAACUGGUUCCGAUGGUUCUAGCACAUCCGGACUUGGUUCUGGAAUUACUGAAUCAACAGAACAAAGUGGAAGUACCACAGAAUUUACAGGUUCAACUGACGUAGAUAAUAGCACUAUAGAGACAGUCGAGUCUAGUGAGAGUACAACUCUUGGCAGUACUGACUCAGACGGUUCUACUGUCUCAUUUGAGAUCACUGAAAUCACUAGUCCAGUCAGUGGAAGUUCUGCAGAUUCCUCAGAAGGUAGUACAGAACCAACGAGGGAAAAUACAGGUAGUACCGAUUCAACCACGGAAUUCACAGGUAGUACCGAAUCAACCACGGAAUUCACAGGUAGUACCGAAUCAACUACGGAAUUCACAGGUAGCACCGAAUCAACUACGGAAUUCACAGGUAGUACCGAAUCGACCACGGAGUUAACAGGUAGUACCGAAUUAACUACAGAAUUCACAGGUUCCGAAAUGAGCUCCAGCACCUCAGAGAUGAGUUCAACGAGUGAACGAUCUACUGAAAGUACAACAGAAUUCACGGGUAGCACUGAAUCUACUGAAAGUACAACGGAAUUCAGUGGUAGCACUGAAUCUACUGAAAUGACAACAGAAUAUACAGGAAGUACUGAAUCAACUACAGAAUAUACCGGUACCACAGUUGGUGACAUAUUCAGUAGCACCACAGAAGAAAUGGCGAUCACAGAUGAUUAUGGCAAAUCUAGAAUCAUCGAUAUCUUCACCAAAAAACCACGCAUGUGUAAGAGAAGGAAGCUCAGGACUUGUAGUAAAACGAAAUAUGGUUGUUGCUGGGAUAACAUCACACCUGCAAAGGGUCCAUUCGACAAAGGAUGUCCAACUCCCCAUACGUGCAAGAUGUCAAAAUACGGUUGUUGCAAAGAUGAGGUAUCGGCAGCACUUGGGCCCAAAUUUGCUGGUUGCCCCAGUCUGCACUGCAACGAAACGCUCUUUGGAUGUUGUCCCGAUGAAAGAACUCCUGCAGAAGGUAAUGACAAUGAAGGUUGUCCUCCAAUUUGCCUCAGCUCCGAAUACGGUUGUUGUGAUGAUAAUGUUACUGAAGCUACUGGUCCUGACCACGAAGGAUGUAAAGAAACCGAAAUAACGACAACAGAAGAAAUCAUGUCCACGACAGAAUCAACCACGGAGUACAGUGAUGCAACUGAAGAAUCAAGCUCAACUGACUCAACUAUCAUGGAAACAACUACAGAAGCUAUAACUGAGGACUGUAGGAACAUGACCUACAGGUGUUGCCCUGAUGGAACGACUGCUGCCGCAGGCCCUGGAUACAGAGGCUGCAAUCUUCCAUGCUCUAAUAGCACAUUUGGAUGUUGCCAGGAUGCAAGAACUCCAGCCCAUGGACCAAGCGGAGAAGGAUGUUGCUUGGCAACGCCGUUUGGUUGUUGUCCUGAUGAUAUCAUUGCGGCAAGGGGACCUAAUAUGGAAGGUUGCGACUGCCAAUAUUCUCCUUAUGGGUGCUGCCCAGACAAUACAACUGCUGCAAGAGGUUACGAUAAUGAAGGUUGCGGCUGCCAGUCUAGCGAAUUCGGUUGUUGUCCUGAUGCUUUGACGCCUGCCAGUGGAGCAGAGUUCCAGGGAUGCUUGUGCCAUACAUUCCAAUUUGGAUGUUGUCCAGAUGGAAUAACAACUGCCAGAGGACCUCACCAACAAGGUUGUGGAUGUAGAAACACUGAAUUCGGUUGCUGCUCUGAUGAACAAACUCCAGCUUCUGGACCGAAUAUGGAAGGUUGUGGUUGUGAAAACAGCAAAUACGGCUGUUGUAUUGAUGGGCUUACGGAAGCUAAAGGAGAAAACUAUGAGGGUUGUGAAACUGCUCCUCAAAAUCUACAGGUCGGGUGUUCUAUUCCAAAGGAAAGGGGAACAUGCAGGAACUACACGGUUAAAUGGUUCUUUGAUAUGGACUAUGGUGGCUGUUCAAGAUUCUGGUAUGGAGGUUGUGAUGGUAACGAGAACCGUUACAAGUCUAAAGAAGAAUGCGAAUCAGUUUGUGUUAAGCCUGAAGGAACAGAUAGGUGCAAUUUGCCUAAAGUGGCUGGUCCAUGCGAAGGCUAUUACCCUGUUUGGUACUAUGAUAAAGACUUGAAGAACUGUGCUCAGUUCGUGUAUGGGGGUUGUCUUGGUAAUAAUAAUAAAUUCGAAAGCAGGGAGGAGUGCCUCAACCAAUGUGUUACCGAUAGCAGCCCAGAUCCUUGUGAACAAAAACAAGAAGCAGGUCCAUGCAAUGGACAGUACCAAAGGUAUUGGUAUGAUGAAGAGACUGGUCAAUGUCAACCUUUCGUGUAUGGAGGUUGCAAAGGGAAUAAAAACAACUUCCCUACUAUUGAGGCUUGCAGGCAACAAUGUGCUACACCUGGUGAAAAGAAAGAUCAAUGCUCGUUACCAAUGGCCCAAGGUAAUUGCACAGAACGACAAGCCAACUGGUACUUUGACACUCCCGAGAAUCGUUGUAAACCAUUCUAUUUCUCUGGCUGUAACGGUAACCAAAAUAACUUCGAGAGUAGAGAAGCAUGUGAAAGUUUAUGUCCAAAAGCAAUUGCAAAGGACACUUGCCAACUCCCUGCUGAGACUGGUGAAUGUGCCAACUACGUCGACAGAUGGUACUAUGACACUAGAGAUAAAGCUUGUCGUCAAUUCUACUAUGGAGGAUGUGGUGGUAACGGUAACAACUUCGAAUCCCGACAGAAAUGCGAAGAGAGAUGCGAAAACGGACAACCACUCGAACCACAACCGAUCACACCACCCCCACAGGUGGAAGCAUUUAGGAUUGAAAUGUGCUUUUUGCCAAGCGAAACUGGAAAGUGUAGAGCAGCUUUCCCAAGAUAUUUCUAUGAUAGUGCCGAUGGGGUUUGUAAGCAGUUCGUUUAUGGAGGAUGUGAUGGUAACAGAAAUAACUUUGAAACUGCUGAUGAUUGUCUCAGAUACUGUGGAGUGUCUCAAGAUCUAUGUACACUGCCUCCUGUUGUUGGAACUUGCAAUGCGUCUGUCCCCCAAUACUACUACGAACCCUCCAGCGAUACUUGUCAGCGUUUCAAUUAUGGAGGUUGUGGUGGUAACUACAACAGAUUCCAGGAUAUUUACACAUGCGAACAGAGAUGUAGGAGAUCCCAACCUUCUGCAGUCACACAACCACCACAAAUUCCAAGUGAUAUGAAGAUGUGCUUCAUACCAGCAGAUUCAGGAAACUGUACUGAUAACUACGUGGCCUUUUACUUCGACCAGGAGACGUCAAGGUGUGCCCCAUUCACGUAUACAGGAUGUGGCGGCAAUGACAAUAGAUUUAAUAGCGAGGAGCAGUGUGAGAGGCAAUGUGGAUCAUUCAGAGGCCAAGAUAUCUGCAAUAUGGAUAGAGACGUCGGACCAUGCGGAGGGUACUUCGUCAAGUACUUUUACAACCGGAACAGCAGACGUUGUGAACAAUUCGCUUUCGGAGGAUGUCAAGGAAACGGAAACAGAUUCAGCUCAGCCAAAGAAUGUGAAGAUAUUUGCGUGGUACAUGAAGAAACCAAACCUAAUAUCACAGCUACAGCGAUAUGCCAACUGCAGGUGGAUAAAGGUAGUUGCGAAGAAGGGUACCACAAACGUUGGUACUUCGAUGAUCUCAGAGGGGAAUGUAUUGCGUUUAUUUUCUCUGGAUGCGGAGGCAAUUUCAACAAUUUCAAAUCGUACCAGUCUUGUCUAGAUUUCUGUCGAGACUUGUUGCCUCGAACAGAGCCUCCUCUACCAAACGUACAAACAGACAUUGCCCCGCACCCUUGCCAGGAAGUUUUCGACGAAUGCACCACCCUCAGG